AUGACGGAUAUCAAUCUCAAGGCCUUCAACAUAGAGGCCUUCAACAUAGAGGCCUUCACGCUACUUGGCAUUGCGUUGCUCGUCACCGUGUUGAGGUCGUGUGUGCGGAUCAGGACUGUGGGAUGCAGGAACCUCUGGGCAGAUGACUAUCUCGUCAUUUUGGCCGCUGGCAUCUACGCUAUAGAAACAGGGCUGGCAUACUCGGUCGGGAAUAUUGCUCAAGGACUGGCUAACAACUCGAUGACGAACGAGCAACGAGCCUCUCUACAACCACAAGAUCAUGAAUAUCAGCUUCGUAUCAUUGGCUCGAAGAUCCAAAUCGCUCUGUGGGCAACUUACUCGUCCCUCCUCUGGAUCCUCAAAGCAGCCAUGUGCACUUUUUACUACCGACUUACAAAAGACCUUCAAGGCCACCGAGUUCGGGUCAUCAUCGGCUUUGGAUUCAUCCUUUCUUCUUUUGUUGUUGUGCAGAUGAAUCUUCUUCUUAGUUGUCGCCCAUUCGACCACUGGUGGCAGAUCUUCCCUGACCCCGGAGCCUUCUGCCAUGCUGCCAUUUCGCCUGCUUUGAUAUGGACUUGUCUCGCUCUCAACUUGGCCACUGACUUUUACCUCAUCAUGGUUCCUAUGCCCAUGCUUUGGAAGGCUGCUAUGCCUUGGCCUCAAAAGGUCGGACUCAUUGCUCUGUUCAGCUGUGGGUUAUUUGUCACCAUGGCCGCUAUCCUUCGAGUUGUGCUGCUUGUAUCUGAUCCAAUCAAUGGCCCUCAACUCGCAGCUUCUUGGGCGGUUCGUGAGACCUUUGUCGCCAUCAUGACAACAAACAUCCCCAUGUUAUUCCCAACAUUUAAGAAAUGGGCUGUUCCCUUUGUUGAAAGAGCUGGGUCCUCUCUGAGUAUCUACAGAACUCCACCAAACACUAUCGUGGACUCCAGAUUGUCUGGAGCUCUGUCUCUAGGCAGUUUGCGAAAGAGCCGAGGGUCAUCUCGCAUUACUUGCAUUAGCCCAAUGUCGCCCACUGCCAGUGAGACUGAAGCACACAUGAACUCAAUUGGCCUCAUUUAUACUAUCCCUGACUCAAGCAUCAAGAAGCCGAAAGCUUCCAAGACUACACACAAGAUUGCGGCCAUACGUCUCCCACGCAUCGACACCUCAGCCCCUGCUGAUCCAGACCAUGGAUACGGUCGACUGAGCACGAGAAGUGACAGUUCAAUUGUUUCCUGGUCAGAAACUUUGGUGAACUCGCCUCAAUCUGAAGGAACAGAAUCUUUGCUCUCAGCCCGUGUUCACCACGACGGAUACAGCAAGCACGUUUAA